AGUGUUGUCAUAAGCUCGUUUCGUUCAGUGUUCGAGAGUUUGUGUUCCACGUAACGUGAAUCGCGAUCGUGUGUAUAUAUUCCCCUCGAUCUUCUUAUUCUUCGUACAAAUUAUUUUUUUUUUGUACAUACAUUUGUUUACCGAGUUUCUUUUUCCGCAGUUGUUAAGUGAAACGCAGAGGCUUAAACAUGUGCGGAAUUUUCGGUUACAUUAACUAUCUGACUCCCAAGAGCAGGAAAGAGAUCCUCGAGCUUCUGGUCAACGGACUGAAGCGGUUGGAAUACCGUGGAUAUGACUCCGCAGGUGUCGCCAUCGAUGGCCCAGACAACAAAGACGUGGCCUUGAUCAAGAACACCGGCAAAGUUCAAAUGCUGCAGACGAAAAUCGAGAACCAGAGCGCAGAUCUGCAGAUGGAGGAGAAGAUCGAGACCCAUUGCGGGAUCGCUCAUACCCGUUGGGCGACCCACGGUGUGCCCAACGAGGUCAACUCGCAUCCUCACCGCUCCGACGACAAUCACUCCUUCGUGAUCGUCCACAACGGCAUCGUGACCAACUACAGGGAAGUCAAGGUCUUCCUCCAGAAGAAGGGAUACUACUUCGAGAGCGACACCGACACCGAGGUCAUCGCCAAGCUGAUCCUGAUGUUCUACAAGGAACAUCCGACCUACUCGUUCAGGGAACUGGUCGAGCAAGUCGUCCAGCAAUUGGAAGGAGCUUUCGCCCUGUGCUUCAAAUCGAAGCAUUUCCCAGGCGAAUGCGUCGCCACCCGCAGAGGAUCUCCUCUCCUCGUCGGAAUCAAGACCAAAACUCGUCUCGCCACCGACUACGUGCCCAUCCUCUACGGAAAAGAUGACACCCCUAGAAAGUCUGCAGAAUCAGACAACGCUCAUUCAGAACAUAGGCCGCACUGCCACGAGAAGAUUCCGGUGCUUCCUCGCUCCGAGUCCACCUCUGAAUUCCAGCCGUUGGAGGACAAGGAGGUCGAGUACUUCUUCGCUUCAGAUGCUUCAGCCGUCAUCGAACAUACCAACAGGGUCAUCUACUUUGAGGACGAUGAUGUGGCUGCAGUUAAGGACGGAGCGCUCAGCAUUCACAGGCUGCGUCGUUCUUUGGACGAUCCUCACUCCAGGGAAAUCACCACGCUGAAAAUGGAACUGCAGCAGAUCAUGAAGGGCAACUACAGCCAUUUCAUGCAGAAGGAAAUCUUCGAACAGCCCGAUUCCGUCGUCAACACCAUGAGGGGUCGCGUCAACUUUGAUAAUAUG